GACCUCGUCAUCGUCGAGGACCGCGUCUACGACGCGGCGAAGUUCAUGUGGGCGCACCCCGGCGGCGCCGUCUUCGUGGCCAUGUUCGGGGGACGCGACGGCACGCUCACGUUCCAGAGCUACCACAUGCGCGAGUUCCCCCACGGGAAGAUGGCGCCUUACCUCGUCGGCGUCCUCGACGCGCGCGAGGCGCCCGUGGCGCCCGACGCGCGGCACCUCGCGCUGUCGCGCGCGCUCGCGCCGGUCCUCGCGCGGCGCGGCGGGUCCUUCGCGCCGCCGGCCCAGGUCCGCAAGGCCGCGGGCCUCCUCGCCGCGGCCGUCGCUCUGGAGGCGUGCAUGCUCGCGACGGCGCGGACCUGGGCCGGGAGCGCGCUGCUGGGCCUGCUCUUCGCGCUCAUCGGGCUCAACGUGCAGCACGACGCGAACCACGGCGCCAUGUUCAGGGACGGGCGGAAGAACGCGCUCUGGGGCCUCGCGCAGUCGUGGAUCGGCGGGUCCCAGCUCAUGUGGCUCCAGGAGCACGUCGUGCUCCACCACAUGCACACGGGCGACGUCGAGUACGACCCGGACGCGCAGCUCGCGCCCGUCAUGCGGGGCCACGCGGGCGCGCCCUGGCUGCCCUGGAUGCGCUUCCAGCAGUUCUACUUCCUUUUAGUCGAGCUCGGCUACGGCGUCGUCCCCAUGUUCAUGUCCUUCUUCGAGGUGCUCUGCUGGCGCCACAAGUUCGAGCGCAAGUUCGCGCUGUCGCGGCUCGCGUGGCGCUGGGGGCUCCAGUCCGUCGCGCUCCACCUCCUCUUCUACGCGCGCAUGGUCGCGGCGCCCCUCGCCAAGGUCGCGGUCACCGUCGGCGUCGCCGGCGGCUACCUCGCCUUCUUCUUCUUCCUCAGCCACAACUUCGACGGUGUCCACUUCGUCGCCGGCGCCGGCGAAUCCGGCGACCAGCGCUACCCGGAGCGGAGCGGCUUCCUCCACCAGCAGGCGUCGAGCUCGAGCAACGUCGCGGGCGAGAAGCUCUGCGCGCUCAACGGCGGCCUCAACUACCAGAUCGAGCACCACCUCUUCCCCCGCGUCGCCCACAGCCACUACCCGCACAUCGCGCCCGUCGUCCGCGCCUUCUGCGAGCGGCACGGCGCGCCCUACGUCCACUUCGACUCCGUCGGCGCCAACCUCGCGUCCGUCUUCGCGUACCUCGCCAAGUUC